AUGAAUCAACAACUAGAAGAGAUACGAAAGACGCCACCGGCGCAGACAGACCCGCAAUUCAACGACACGGUGGAGCUGCUGAAUCGGCACGUGGCCCAAAGCACGGAGCCCGAAACAGCGGUGCUUGCCGCUACGAUUCUGGGAGAAUUGGGGGUGCCUGUGACGGUUCAGAUGAACGACAAGCAGCUUGAAACCGUCUCUAGACGUCUCUACGAACAACUCAGAGAUCUUUUCACGUCGUCAGGUGCUAAGGAUAGGAAAGAGCGUUUCAAAAACGUCGCAGGUUUCUCCCUAUCGACAGAGGACGAAGCAAAGUACUCGAAAGCAUCCACGGGAGCGCUCAUCCAGCUGAUCCACCUGUCGGGCGCAUCCAAACAGCUGGCGCAAACGUACAUCUCGUUCAUUUUCCCAGCAGUGCUCAAUCUGUGCGACUACCAUGAGCCCAGCGUCAAAAUCACAGGCGCCCAAUGCGUCCUGGCCCUGUGCAACCCUGACGGCAGCUACAGAGCCCUUGUGCGUCAGAUGAGACUGACACAAGUAUUCUGGGAUGCGCUACAACCGCAUUUGUCGUUCCUACCGCCGUCAACUGAAGAAACUGUCGCGGCACCACUGCAACAAGUCACAUACGAGGCUCUCACGCCCUUGUACCUGAUGAUGAGACAGGGCACGCCAGCAGAACCCACUUUGAAAGACCUGACUCUUUUGGAUGAGCUCCUUCAACAGGUUGUCAGAGGACUGGAUCUGUCAUACAUCAGAACCGUAAAGACUCUUCUACACGCCCUAGACGGCAUAGUUGAUCUGUUUGGAAAGUACGCUGCAUCUUAUGUCGAGGAGCUCGUGGUAGCAUGGACCCCAAUCAUGGAGGAUCCGUUUGCGACGGCAGAUCUGUCUCUGUUGGAGACUUGCGGCAACACCAUAUUGCAUUUUUUGAAGACUGUCUCCGUUGCUACUGUCAAACGGCAUGCAUUGGAGGUUGCUAGAAUCACAGCUAUCGCUCUAGCAAAUGUGCGCAAAGAAGAAAAGGGCAAGCGGGAGAGUGCCGAGAGUGUCAUGAUGGACGUUUUUGACAAGCUGGUGGCUGUUCGGCCUGACAUUGUUGCCAUUAGGGACUUUUCUUGA